ACGUUUCAGCAUCUUUGGUUAUCAAUGAAGACAAACGAAAUUUUGUAAUAAGAAAAAUUAUGUUUUGUCUUUUCUUAACUAAUGAUCAUAAGAUUCAGUUCUUUAAAGAACAAGCUCAGUACCUAAAUUCAGUACCUUCAAACUGAAAAUGAAGCCACAAAUUUUUCUCCAUGAAUGGACCCAAUUGCAAGAAAUUCUUUUAAAUCCCUUAAUCCUCAGUUUUCUUGUCAUCUUUUCUCUUCUGUUUCUACUCAAAUCCAAGAAAAACACCAGCAAACUGAAUCUUCCUCCAUCGCCGCCAAAACUACCCUUAAUCGGAAACCUCCACCAGCUAAGCUCACUACCUUACAGAUCAUUCAGAACUCUUUCCAACAAAUAUGGACCGUUGAUGCUCUUGCAUCUUGGUCAAGUACCGACGGUUGUGGUUUCAUCGGUAGAGAUAGCUAGAGAAAUCACUAAAAAUCACGAUGUUGCUUUUGCUGACAGACCUUCUUUGACAGGUGUCGGAAUUGUAUUCAGAGGAUGCGCUGACAUGGCAUUUGGCCCUUACAGUGACCAUUCUAGAGAAGCAAAAAAGCUGUGUGUUCUUCAAUUGCUGAGUCAAAAACGAGUUCAGGAAUUUCAUUUCAUCAGAGAAGAAGAAGUUUCGAAAGCUGUCGAGAAAAUACGCGUUUCGAGCGGAGAAACGAUUAAUAUAAGUGACAUGUUUAUGGGUCUUGCUCAUAAUAUAUUAUCAAGAACAGCUUUUGGUUCUAUUUAUGAUGAUGAAAAUAAUGGAAAAUAUAAGAAUUUCGGAGAAUUGGCGCGGAGGAGUAUGAAGCUUUUAUCAGCUUAUUGUUUUAAAGAUUUGUUUCCAUUUCUGGGAUUUAUCGAUCAUUUUAGCGGAUUGAUUGGAGAUUUGGAAACUGUUUCGAAAGAAUUAAGCGAUUUCUUUAAUCGUGUGAUCGAAGAUCGCGAGAGUUUGAUGAAUGAUGAUGAGAAAGCUGAAGAUAAAAAGUAUUUGAUUGAUAUUCUUCUUUAUCUCCGAAAGGAAGGGCUUGAACUUGAUCUCUCCAAAGACAACCUUAAAGCUAUUCUGAUGGACAUGUUUGUGGGAGGAAUAGACUCAACAGCAGCACUAAUGGAAUGGAUGAUGGCAGAACUAAUGAAAAAUCCAAGAAUCAGAAAGAAAGCACAAGAAGAAAUAAGACGAGUGGUCGGGAAAAACUCGAAAAUAACUCAAACAGACAUAAACAAAAUGGUCUACUUAAGAUGUAUAAUGAAAGAGAUUGUGAGGUUUCAUGCAUCAGCAAUGAUGCCAAAACAAACAUCAGCAAGUGUUAAGCUUCAAGGCUAUGACAUACCUGCAAAAACAAGAGUGUUGAUUAAUACAUGGCAAAUCCAAAGAGACCCAAGUUUAUGGGAUGAUGCAGAGGAAUUUGCGCCGGAGAGGUUUUUAGAAUGUUCCGAUGAAACUAAUAAGAAACUGCUGUUUUCAUUCGGAAGUGGACGAAGGGGUUGUCCGGGACUGGCAUAUGCAUAUGCAGAAGUUGAGUAUGUUUUGGCUAAUUUAUUGUAUUUGUUUGAUUGGGAGCUGCCUGAUGGUGAAAAUGCUGAGGAUUUGGAUAUGAGUGAGGUUUAUACAUUUGUUAUUUUUAAGAAAAAAUCUCUUUGGGUUGUGGCACAUCCCUAUACUUCUUAGUUUUGCAAUUUAUAUUAUGCCUAAAAUAUGUAAUAUGUUGAUUGUAAUUUCACUUUUUAUUUUGUUUGUUGAGUAUGUUUGGCUAAUUUGCUUUA